AUGAUUUCUCCACCUUCAACGACCUCCUCUCUCAAACCCAACUCGCUUCUACCAUCAACAACCUUUCAAACCAUAACCGUCCUCGCGCUUUCCAACGAUGCGAUCUCUUCACUCUCCGGUCAGCCAAACACCAUGAUCAAGAAAAUCCUCAGCCUCCACAUCGUUUUAGAUUACUACGACAUCAAGAAACUCAAGAAUCUUAACAAGAAAUCAGCCAUGCUCACCACACUCUUCCAAUCCAACGGCCAAGCUAAAGGCCAACAAGGGUUCUUGAACGCUACCGUUAUGAAAAACGGUGAUGUUGCGUUUGGAUCUGCGGUCCCUGGGUCUACCCUUAACGCCCAGCUUGUAGACUCUGUGGCGUCACAGCCAUUUAACAUUUCGGUGCUUCACAUCAGCAGUGCUAUAAUGAUCGAUGUUAGAGCUGAUGCACCAACUGGUUCUUCUUCACCGGUUUCAUCUUCACUGAUUAUGAUGGAUCACCAUCCUCUGCUCCUGGUGCUGCUGAUGCAACUUCUGAAAAUUCCGGCUCAAGGACUAAUUCUCAGCUUGACUUGGCUUUUGCGCUGGUGA